UCACAGUAGGUUCAUUGACUUGCCUUGUAUUGCACAGUAACACAACGUCAUGUUUGGAGAAUGGAAACCGAAAGUAAUGGAGGUAGAGGAAAUGAAUGUUAAGUAAAGUGGGUGUGUCGAUCAGCUGCUGCAGACUGUAUAUAAAUUGUGCUGAGCUCAAAACACCUGAAACAGCUUCAUCCGUGCAUCUGUCAUAGUCCCCAGACUUUUCCAGAAGUUUCUCAAAGGAGUUUCAGAAAACAAAAGUUUUUUUAUUCCAGGUAUCUGAAAUGGAGCUAACCAUCGUGAUGCUGGGUGAGUCCCACCCUCUGUGUGUGAACCCUGACGACACUGUGGGGUCUCUGAAGAGACUGAUCCAGGAGAAAUUCAAUGUGCCCUGUGAGAGCCAGAGGCUGGUCUUUGCUAACGGACACAGGACUCUUCUCAGCGACGACUUGAGGACCCUGAGGUCUUACUCCCUGCAGUCCGGCUCCCAGGUGACUCUGCUGGUCACCCAGCCGCCGGCCACCUUCCAGGUGUUCCUCAAGAAUGAGAAGAAUAAGACGACAACCUACGACAUCACAAAGGAUGAGACUGUGGACGAAUUCAAGACCAAAGUCCAGAAAAGAGAGGGUGUUGCUGUCAGUCAGAUGAGGCUGGUUUUCCAGGACAGAGAUAUGACCCAGGGGAAACUUUCAGACUACCACGUCAAAGAACACAGCACCAUCCAGAUGACGAUGCGCCUGAGAGGAGGCUGAGGACACUUCUAGUUUAUACAUCUUUUUAUUUUUUCUGCAGUUAGUUAUUUAAUACAAGCUAAAUACAAAUGUCGUAUGGCCAUUUGUUAUGUAACUUGAUUUUGAACGAUGCAUUCCUGAACACCCAUGUCUUAAAACUUGUGGCCUUGAAGUUACUUGCUUGACAGUUCAAUUAUGUUAAAAUCAAGUCACUAUGUGUUUCUGUCUUUUCUCUCAAAUAAAUGUAAUUGUUAUUUAAAAUGAACAUUUAAAAAUAAAUACAUAAUGUGAAUGAA